CCUGCCUGCCUGCCACCCUUGGACUAUGUUUGUUUAUCUAUAGGCCCCUUGGGUGCAGUCAGGUUAAACACUAAGCGCUAAUGAAAUGUAAACAUCAAUUGAUUUGAUUGUUAGCUCACAUUUGUUGGUCAUAUAAUAUACAUAUUAAAAAAAAAACAUCCCCUGGCUAGUCCUUCUCAACAAGUUGAUUGAUCUAACGCCACGAGCAGGACACUUCGACAUCCUUUUGCGUCAGUUGCACCUGUUCCGUCAUGUUUUCCGGUGACGAGCUGCGCGUCUAUUUAAUUAGCCUAAAGUGUAUCGGUUUACUCUAUGUAACGCACGAUGUUAGCCAACCGUAUCGGAUUUAUGCCAGCGAUUUGGAUCACACUUUAACAGUAGUCGGCCUAACGCUUCUCCAGCUCUUCAUAUGGGUUGCCUUCGCGCAGCUUUUGCGAAUGCCUGAAACGUUUACGUUGCCCCAAUACACAGCCGUGGGCAAUACGUAUUUCGUAAUUAACUUUGGUGUCAUUUGCAUAGUUAUAUCGCUAAUAUAUCUCGGAUUCUAUGCGAGUCGCCAGCGCCUAUUGGCCGUCCUCGCCUUUGUUCUCUAUCACAAUCACAGGGAUCUCAGGAAUUGUCAUGCCAAACGUUUCCUUAAAUUGUACUACAUGUAUGUGGGUCUAACGGUUAUUUGUGCGAUUACCUAUACGGGGGCAUUUCGAUUCGCCAACCUGCGCAUCGUCCCCAGCAUUCUGCUAAGUUUCAUCCAUACCUAUAGCUUUCUGCUGAUAGGGCUUAUCAUAAUUCUAUAUAGCUGCCUUACACAAAUCUUGGCUGCCCUUUUGCACCUUUAUAAUCGCGAAUUGCUGGCAGCAAUAACAGCCGUAGCCACACCAGGAGUAACAAGAACAGCAACAACUACAAUCAAUCGUCUAUAUAAACGUAAUCAGAUGCUCAUCGUUUGCCACGAGCAGCUGAACUCUGUGUUUGGUCCAUUUCUGGCGCUAAUUACGGCUUUGUGUUUAAUGUCGGCGCCAAUCGCUCCGUUUUUCUUGAUCACGAUUGUCUUUAAGAUGGAUGUUAAGCAAAUUGGCCUGCUCAACAUUUUCAAGGCAUUGUACACAUGCCUCUUGUGGAACAUACCCUGGGCAGCCGGGCUGAUAAUGGUCUUUCGACAAGAUAUCGUGCGGCAAGAGGCCAAUAAAACAGCUAAAAUCCUUGCAAAAAUACCUAGAACUGGCUCUGGACUGGACAAAAUGGUUGAAAAAUUCCUGCUCAAAAAUCUACGCCAGCAGCCUAUACUCACAGCCUAUGGAUUUUUUGCACUCGAUAAGAGCACACUCUUUAAGCUCUUUACAGCCAUAUUUACAUAUAUGGUCAUAUUGGUGCAGUUUAAGGAAAUGGAAAACUCAACCAAGUCUUUGCAAAAAUCAUAAUUUGCAAUCCAAAAUAAUCUUAAUAUAUAAU